AUGAUCAGGCGCCUAUUCACGCUGCUUGGGCUGCUGGCCCUGAUAUCGGCCGCGCUGGCCGCCACAACACUCGCUGACGAUCUCCUCUCUUUCUCUCUUUCGCGAGCAGCCCCCGCCUCCUUCUGCAAGUGCACCUGCUUCUCCAAUAGCACCAUCAUCCAGCUCAACGGCCUCUCCACCUCGCCCGCCAACGGCUACUCGUCGAGCUCCGGCUCCGGCUCCUCGUACUCCUCCGGUUCGGGCUACUCGCUCAAGAACGUCUUCACGCAGCGCAAGAGCAAGCCGACUAAAGAGCGCACCUGCAACGACUGUAACCGCCAGUUCUGCCUCGAGAAGAAUAACCUGCCUAUCUGUAAGGGCGCGACCGAGGAGGAUGUCAUGACCACUUGCUUCCAGCGCGAUUCUACGAAAGAUCAGGCCGUCGUUCUGAUCUUUAUCAUUUCGACUGGCAGCUUGCUCGUUUACGCUGCUGUUCGCCCGUAUAUCGAGCGCAUUCAGGAAAGAACCAAGGAACGCCGGACCUAUCUGCCGGUGCCGACACAGGCAAGUUGA